GCACUGUGAAAAUGACAACUAUACGGAACGUAGAAUAAAGAUGGUGUUUUCCCCAUAUCUGGAUAAACCUUUUCUGCGGUAAAUUCGUUCUGUUUUUCGAAAUGCACUAAUUCAAGGAAGCACCCAAUAAUAGAGAAAUGCUUGGACUUCAAGAAACAAGAUCUUCUGGGACUCCUACCUCCAAAACUUAUAGCUGCGUUGCAUGCUCAGCUACUUUUCAGAGUUUGGCAUCACUGUUGGUACACCAGGCCACUCAUGCUGAUGAAAUCUCUUGCCAGCAAGAGUCAACGUUACCAACUUGUGUCACCUGUGGUACCUUAUUUUCAAGUGCGGAUCUCCUCGAGAAACACAAUUGCGUGGCGGUACCAACCCCAGCUGCUCAAGAGAUGCAUGUGUGUGACUGUGGUGAGGAGUUUGAUGCUUUAUCUGCUCUUGAAGAACACAAAAUGUUACACAAGCCUGAUGAACAGGUCAUUAUGAGCUUGGAUAUUAAUCCUCGACACUUGGAAAUGGAGCUAGACAACAAAAAAGACUCCGGCCACCCGGUCUUAGACCAGGCCUCUCCUAAUUGUUCACCAUGCCAUUCUAAUGAAGAUCCUCUUGUAAAAAGCACAUGUUCUGCUUCUGAAACUGACAUCAAUGAUAUGGCACCGACUACAGACACAUCUACGGUUGAAGAAAAUGUAAAAAGUACAUCUGCUUCUGAAGCAGAAAUUGAGACUGCAUCCAUUACAGAGAUUUCAAUUCCAAUGAAAGCAAAAGUAAAAAGUGCAUCUGCUUCUGAAGCAGACAUUGAGAUGGCAUCAUCUACAGAGAUUUCAAUUCCAACGAAAGAAAAUGUAAAAAGCGCAUCUGCUUCUGAAGCUGACAUUGAGAUGGCAUCUGCCACACACACAUCAGAUCCAAUGGAAGAAAAUGUAAAAAGCUCAUCUUCUGCUUCUGAAGCUGACAUCAAGAUGGCAUCCACUACAGACAGAUCAGUUCCAAUGGAAGUAGAUGUAAAAAGCCCGUCUUCUGCUUCUGAAGCUGAAAUCAAGGACAUGGCAUCCACUUCAGACAGAUCAAUUCCUGCAGAAAAAAAUAUUUUAAAUCAGCAAGAUGAAGAUAUCCUAAAGCCACACGAGUCUCUCCUACCCCACUCUGUGAAGGAGAAGGAGCCUAUCCUUGAGAAUAACAGCGAUACAUUAGAAUCCUCUAACACAUCAAACCAUCCUGAGCAUGACAGUGAAGAAUCUGCAAGUUCACACAAAGAAUCAACUGGUUGUGAUAAAAAAUCAAUCCUAAAGAUUCUGGCAUCUGCCUAUAUGAGUCAUAGACAGCCAGGCCAUUUAAAUCAAAUACCAGCCAAGAGGAACCAACCCCCCAGAAAAGUUGCACCAAGGGCACCAAUGCAGUUUGCACCUGCCAUAACAAUGCCAAAGUCUGAGCCACAGAAAAAAGAGUUCAAUACCAAUUGUGCCUGAAAGGGUGCUUUCCUUCCCAAGCAUUGUUCUAAAU